AGUCACUGCAGAGGAAUGCGGAGGGAUUAGAAGCCUUGUCAAGCUUUCAAUGGGAAAUGUGUCCUCUCUAUGUCCUGGUAUGAACAAGCUGCUAACCACUGUCACAGAUAUAGGGAGUAUGAAUACACUACAGGAGAUGGUCAGAGACUGCAGACACACUACAGGAGAUGGUCAGAGACUGCAGACACACUACAGGAGAUGGUCAGAGACUGCAGACACACUACAGGAGAUGGUCAGAGACUGCAGACACAGUACAGGAGAUGACCAGAGACUGCAGACAUGAUACAGGAGAUGGUCAGAGACUGCAGACAUGAUACAGGAGAUGGUCAGAGACUGCAGACAUAUACAGGAGAUGACCAGAGACUGCAGACAUAGUACAGGAGAUGGUCAGAGACUGCAGACAUACUACAGGAGAUGGUCAGAGACUGCAGGCAUACUACA